GCCACGAAUACUCCACAACUCAUCCGCCUCAUCGAGCUAUCUUUUGCGUGCCGUACGAGCCUCAACCUCAACCUCGACCUCAGUUCAAUCUCCUCCGGACGGUUCAACUAUAUCUACACUCAGCGCGUCCAUGUUCUGACAGGACCACCCUCUCGCGCCGCAUAGCGCUCAAGAACCCCCCCCGUCAUCGCCUCCAUAAUAUCCAUUCAAGAUGGUCCUCGCGCCUCCAGCCCUGCCCACCAGGUUUCCCUGCUGGGUGAGAGCCAUUUAUAGCUGGGGUGGAGAAUCUAAGCGCGACCUUGGCUUCGUUGAAGGGGACUUGAUAGAAUGUCUGAAUGCAGGGGACGGCUCGUGGUGGAUGGGAAGACUGCGACGUGAUAAACGCAUGAUGGGCCUGUUUCCGUCGAACUUCGUUGAAGUCCUCGACGAUAGUUUCCGACCUGCGAGUCGAGGAUCGAGUCCAAUGCCUGACUCAACACCGAAUCCAAGUCCCUUCGCCCCGCAACCUCCACAGAAAACAAAGACGAAAGCCUUUCGAAGGCCUUUUCAGGCAUACUCAGCACCCGAUCCAGCAGCUGCAAAACGGGCAGAACUUCAACACAAGGACAGCAUUCAAUCCGCCCGUGCCCCUUCACCAAAACCAAUGACUGUGCAUGAGAGUAUCCCACGAGCAACUUCACCAGGUAUUCCUGGUUAUGGAUCGAGAGCCCCAUCGCCCGCUCCACCAAAUAUCCCUAGUUAUGGGUCAAGAGCCCCAUCACCCGCUCCCCCUAUGCACUACGGGUCUAGGGCACCUUCUCCAGCACCUUCUUUCCAAUAUCGCCCUCACUCGAGAGGGCCCUCCUUUAGUCCACAAUUUGACCCUGGCUCUUCACCACCUCCACCGCCCCCUCCACAUCGAAGUACCUAUAUACCUCAUGAAUCUACAAACCCAUAUGACCAGUCGAAUGGCUACCAUACUCCUCGCGGAACUUCUCCUUGUCCACCAUCUCCAGGUGCGACAGGGUUGACCCCCUCACCCCUUCGGUCUGCUAUGGACGAUGUAAUGUCAUCCUUAGCAGACAUGGGCAUAUCUCGAGAAACCGAGACUCCCCAACCGUCACUGGACCCAUGGGCACCGGAGGCUUUUGAUCAAACAUAUACCAAAGCGAGGCGAAACGGCGCGGCGAGGCCCAAUACAGCGAUGGGCAUCGGGCAGAAUGAUUAUGAUUACGAUGAUGGUCAACCGUACAUUGGCGACUCGCAGUAUCGAUAUCCAGAUCAAAACCCUCCACAGUUGAGCAACUACGUACAAAGAAUGGAGAAUCGAUUAAGUAAAAUGCAUACGAAUAGUUCGCAAUCAUAUCUCGAUGACACUGGUCUACCACCAGCAGUUCCACCGAAAAUGAAUCAAUACGAUCGACCGAAAUCAUCAAUGGGAAAUUCCCAACCAGAGCCAAAGCUGCGCCAUCGAAAGUCUGCUUAUGAAGUCGGCCGGUCAAUGCUUGGGCGGACCUUUACUACUAAGACCAAUUCGACAACCUCCUCAGGAGGGACGCGAAGUACCACAACUAACAGCAGUUCAGCUACUCAGAUGACUGAUAGAAGUCUCAUGAGCGGACCCUCGGCAAGUGGGUUUUCCUCAACCAGUGCUGGAAGUCUGGCGAGAAGGAAGGAAGCUAUGCGAGGCCGAGCUCAAAGUGCUUUCGGCUCAAGAAGGGACCACUUUCUUGGACUAAAUGGCAGCCAAAUCGACUUUGGCAGUAGCAGACCCCAGACACCACUUACCGGCAUUUCUUAUCACAGCAGUCACGCUUCAUUACCUGGCUCUGUAUCUCAAAAUCGGGCUGGGUGGCAUGGAUCGUCGACAGACGCAGGCAGUGCGCUAGGUGGCUUGGUAGCCCCUAAGCCCAAGAAGAGUGGUUUCCUCAAGAAGAUCAUCGAGUCAGCAAAGACGGGAGCUGCCAGUGCCAGAAGCAGCAUUGCUGCAGGCGAAUCGUUAAAAUUAGCUGGGCAGUCUAAAGGUAUGAUCCCCAAUGGCGUUACAUCGAUCGCGGGCGGUUUUGGCAAUAUUCAUAAUGGUCGUGAUGCGGCAAGCGAGAUGGGUCUAGGAGGAGGAACGUCUGGCAUAGAUUGGGUCCAAGUCCGUCGAGAUGUGAACCGCUCGAAUUCCCUAAGUCGUAUUGAGCGUAUUGAAAGAAAGGAACGCUGUCAGAUGAUGGAUUAUCUAGCAAUCAGUCCCGUCGAUGAGAUGUACGAGAAUUGUGAUGGAGAUGAAGGCGCAGACGGCAAUCCUGUCGCCGAACCAACCAAUUUCCAAGCUGUCAAUCUAAGUCUAGUUGACAAGAAUGCGAGGUUUAUCAAUAACCUACCACCUAUGACCAAUCCAGUCAGCUUGGCCACCGGCUUUGUUUGUAGGCCUUAUCGAAGCGAUGUCCAACGACUCCGAGCAAUUUUUACCUGGGUCAGCGAGAAGAUCACCUGGGAAGAGGAUUUUGAGAGCGAUAUUGACUCGAGAAGAGUGAUACAAACCAAGCGGGGUUGCGCAGAGGAGGUCGCAGUGCUGGUAUUGGAAAUGUGUGCCGCCGUCGGAAUCCAUGCUGAGAUUAUUCGAGGUUAUCUGAAGACUCCCGGGGAAGUGCCUGAAAUGGGUGUAAUGCCUCGUCCGAACCACUGGUGGAAUGCUGUUAUCGUCGAUGGACAGUGGAGAAUUAUGGAUUGUUCUCUUGCGGCCCCAUCAAACCCUCGCCGAGGCCUGUAUUCAAGUGCCGGUGGACAAGUUGCGGAGAUGUGGUGGUUUCUGGCACGUCCAUCAGAGAUUUGCUGGACACACAUUCCAGAACAGCAUCACCAACAACAUUUGUGCCCCCCAAUGGCACAUGAGGUGCUAUUGGCCCUGCCUUGUGCAUGUCCACCUUACUUCAAACAAGGCCUUCAGAUGGUUGAGUACGAUACUAGUCUAGUGCGUAUCGAGGACCUUGAGCUCGCCCACAUCAAAUUCACCGUUCCUUCGGAUGUAGAGUGCGUAGCUGAGGUUGAAGCACGUGCCUUCGAGCGUGAUGCGGAUGGCGAUUUCUUUGAGAGUGGAGAAGUCGUAAAGAAACGCGCUUUGGCACAAGCAGAGUGGAUAGGAGGCCAGAAGCGCUACACCGUGAAGGCACUGCUUCCUGGCGACGAAGGGCAUGGGGUUUUGAAGGUAUAUGCCGGGAAACGAGGCUUGAUGCACUCGAUCAAGGAUAUCCCGCACCCACUGGCAUUUGCACUCCCCAUCAUUCACACUGGAGAUAAUCCACCCUUUGAAUUUUUGACACGCCAUCCAACUCCCCAUGCUCAGCGACACGACCUCUAUGUGGCGCAGCCUCAAUGCCAGCGCCUAGCUGCAAAUAAUACCUUCGUCUUUGCCGUCCGCCAGCAUCCGUCCUCUGUUUCCUCUCCCUCACCAAAUCCUGGGGGUACCUCACCCAUCCCCUUCAUUCGUCCCAAUUCGGCAAUGUCAAUCACCAGUUCUUCGGCCUCUGGAUCGAAUCCGAGCACUAGCAAUGGAUAUACGAGCAGGAAGCCGGCGAAAUUGGCGAUCCAGGCCCCUGGUGGCAAGAUCUUGAGACUGAUGAGGAAAGAAGACCGCGGCCAGAGUGCGAGUCUAGAAGGAGGAGACGGUGGGACUUGGGAGACGAUCAUCAAAUGUGGUGAAAGGGGCGUUUGGAGAGGUCUGGUAUUAGCAGAUAGAAGUGCCAGAUGGUGUGUUUUCGCUGAGUGGACCUGUGUUUGAGAGAUGGAGAAUGGCGGACAUGAUUGAAGAUCUUUCGUCGCAGAAAUGCAGGCGAGGAGCGGCGAUUCGAGAAGACGGGGUAGAGCGCCAAGCGUCUUGAGAUUGUAUUUGAUUUUGGAGUUUCGUGGGAGAUAAGCGUAUCGAAAAGAGAAUGCGGGAUUCAUGGGGGACGUAGUCCCUUUAUAGGCCG